ACAGCAGCCUGGAGCUCUCCUGCAAACGCUGGCACUGGUAGCUGUGGUACUGCUGGAGGAGCUCCUGUACCAACCGAAGCAAACACUCAGGGUUCCCGGGAUCCCACUGGACCAAGUGCUGAAAACGACAACAGAAGAUCAUGACAGAAGAGGCUUUUGAUGUCAUGGUGGUUGGCUCCUGUAUGACUGUCUUAGUGAGCCAGGCCCCAAGGCUGCCCAAAGCAGGGGAGACUAUCCAUGGCCACAAGUUCUUCAUUGGCUUUGGAGGAAAGGGGGCCAACCAGUGCAUUCAGGCUGCCAGACUGGGGGCCAAAACCGCCAUGGUGUGCAAGGUUGGUAAAGACUUUUUUGGAGACAAUUAUAUCCAGAAUUUCAAGGACAACAGUGUGUACACAGGCUUUGUGGAGCAGGCCUCCAAUGCUGCCACAGGGGCAGCCUCCAUCAUUGUCAAUGAUGCAGGUGAAAAUGCAAUUGUCAUCGUAGCCGGUGCCAACAUGCUGCUGUGCAGUGAGGAUCUGCAGAAAGCUCUACCUGCCAUUAAGCGUACUAAAGUGCUUGUGUGCCAACUGGAGAUCAGUCCACAGAUGUCUUUGAUGGCCUUGCGCAUGGCUAAGGAAAAUAACGUGAAAACGAUCUUCAACCCUGCACCGGCUUUUCCUGACAUUGACCCGGAUUUCUUCAAAGUUUCUGAUGUGUUUUGCUGCAAUGAGACUGAGGCAGAGCUGCUGACUGGUUCCUCCGUCACCAAUGUGGAGGAGGCACAUGGAGCUGCUCAGGAGCUUCUGAAGCGCGGCUGCACCUCAGUCGUUAUUACUUUAGGACCCCAAGGCUGUGUGGUGCAUCAGGCCCAGCAGUCUGCCCCAAAACACGUACCAACUGCUGCCGUCCCAGCAGUGGACACUACGGGUGCUGGAGACAGCUUCAUUGGAGCACUGGCAUUUUACAUGACUCACUAUCCAACAUUACCUCUGGAAGAGAUGGCCCAAAGAGCCAAUCAGGUGGCAGCAGUAAGCGUGCAGGCCAUAGGAACACAGACGUCGUUUCCCUUUAAACAAGACUUACCAGCUGCACUGUUCUGAAAACUGGAUCCACUGAAACUGAACAAAUGGGACCAACUGUACGUGCUCAAGUCACAAAUCAGACAAAAGACGACGCUGCUUCUUAUAACAACUGACUUUAAUUGAUUUACCUCAAUCAUCAUUUACAAAUAGUGAAAGGGCCUGGCUGUGUUCAGUUGUCUUACAGAACGUCACUGAAUGAACUCAUGGUUCAACUUGAACUUCACAAUAAUAUUUUCCUACAACCACAGGGAAAAAAACAUUUGUUGGUAAAACUCAGUGACACAUUUCUGAAUAAAUGUAAUGAAAAUCUU